AUGCGCCUCCCUCAGUCACAAAUGCGCUUCAUCGAAAGCGUGCAAGAUGCACUUCGCAAGUAUGAUGACCAGCUGAAGGACAUCAACAACAAAAUCUGGUCAAAUCCCGAACUGGCCUACGAAGAAUAUGAAGCCCACAACAACAUCUGCACCAUGUUCGAGAGCCUACAAUCCGAAGGCUACCGCGUCCGCCGCAGCGCCUACGACCUCAAGACCGCGCUCGAAGUCGAGUACGUGCACGGCUCAGGCGGCCGCGUCAUUGCGUUCAACGCCGAAUACGACGCCCUCCCCGGCAUCGGCCACGCCUGCGGACACAACCUGAUCGCGACCAGCUCCAUCGCGGCCUUCAUUGCCACCUGCGAAGCGCUGAAGACCCAGUACAGCGAGGGCCCCGGCUUUACGGUUCGUCUCAUCGGCACCCCGGCGGAAGAAUCCGGCGGCGGCAAGGUGAAGCUCCUGGAGAAAGGCGCCUACAAAGAUGUCGACGCCUGUCUCAUGGUGCACCCGGCGCCCAUCGUGUCCAACGAUCCGCAGCUGCUGAGCAUGGCCACCGUCCGACCGGGCGGCUUCCUGGCCAACGACAAGGUGCGCGUGACGUUCACGGGCAAGCCGGCACACGCGGCGGCGGCGCCCUGGGAGGGAGUCAACGCGCUGGAUGCGGUGGUCGCUGCGUACGUCAACAUCGCGCUCCUGCGACAGCAGAUUCUGCCGCAGGAGAAGAUCCACGGAGUCAUUACGAAGGGCGGCGACCGACCGAAUGUCAUUCCCUGGUCGACCAGCGUGGAUUACUAUAUCCGCUCGCCCAGUAUCAAGACCCUGAAGCCGCUGACUGAAAAGGUCAUCAAGUGCUUCGAAGCCGCGGCCACGGCGACGGGGUGCAAGGUGGAAUUCGACUGGGGCAUUUCGUACGCGGACUUAAAGACGAAUACGCCCAUCUGCGACAGCUACGUCUCCGCUAUGCGGGUAAUGGGCCACCAUGUCGUGUUUGACAACACGGGAAAGGACAGCCUGCUCGGCGGAGGGUCUACUGAUAUGGGCAAUGUCUCCUAUGCUGUCCCUGGGUUCCAUGGAAUGUUCUCCAUCCCCACUGACGGGGUCAACCACACACCUGAAUUCACUGGCGGCGCCGGAUCGGCAGAGGGUUAUCAGCGCUGUAUCUCCUGUGCCGCGGGAAUGGCCGUCGUGGCGUGUCAGUUCCUCGUAGAUGACGAGUUUGCCGAUAAGGUCAAGCAAGACUUCCAGCGGGAAUAG